UUUUGUUUUCAGUUUAAAAGAAAACAAAUUUUUUUUCCUUAAUUGUUGAUCUUUUUCUCAUUUUAUUGAUUUUUUCAAAUUGAUCGAAAUGUUGACCUAAUGUGAAGUGACCUUCGUUCUCUGUAGAAUGUUACCCAAAAUACCAUUUGAAGAGCUGAUCCAUGCCUUGGAAGGAGCCGAUUCCAUAUUCAAAUCAUGUCCCGAUCUAAUUAAAUGUUACCUUCAUCCUGCUCAAGUCGAUCAAAUUGAGAAUCUUAUCCGAUUAUGUGACCUUUACUCGACGAUCAAUAGGUUCAUUGUGACUCAUGAGAAUGAGAUUUGUCGCUAUAAACGUUCCCUAUUCAAAGGUAUCAACGAGGCCUUGCGACUCUACAAAAUGGAUGUACGAAGUUUGGAAAAUGAGCUUGAUGAUCCGUGUUUGUCUUUGACCGCGUUCAGUAAACUCAGAAGAUUUAUACCAAUUCACCAAGAUAUUAUACAGAUUCUUGAAACAUCGGAGAAAACCAACCCCAUGGAAACUUUAGAUUCAAUUUACAAAAAGUGUUUCUCACCUCAUCCAUUUUCCCGGUUAAUCUUUGAAAGAAUGUACAAAAUCGCUUCGAAACCUUUGUUUGAUGAUAUUUGGUAUUGGAUGAUUUAUGGUCACUUAAGUGACCAAGGGAAGGGAAAAUUUUUCAUUGAAUCAAAUGAUUCAGGAUUAAUUAUUCUCUCAGGUUCACUGUUUCCAUCAUUUCUUAGUCAAAGUAUUUGUAGUAAAAUCUAUUUCGCCGGUAAAGUUGUCAGAAGCUUCACCUGUAAAGGUGAUUCUCUCUCUCAAAUUUUUGACGAUAAACGAGCUGAACUUUUGGAACAAUAUCAAUCGAUCAUUGAAAAGCCUACUUUUGAGAAAUUGGACUUCGAGCUUUUGAUUGAGCAAAUUCGAACGAUUUGUGCCAAGAUUUCGAUUGGACAUGUUUUCGAGAAAGAAAAUCUUCAAAUGUACCUUAAAUUGAUCAAAGACUUUGUCUUAGCGGGAAAUGAAGAUUUGUUAGGAUGUUUCAUCAACAAUUUAUUCGUAACUUUACAAAAAAAACCAGCAAAUCGACGCAAGUUGGAAAAAGGAGUUAUGCUUUCGCUUAGUAAUACGCUGAUGGACUUUUACAGUUCCGAAAGGCUGGAACGUGUUUCUAAUUGUAUUAGUAUUAAACUGGCGGGAACAGUUGAUUACAAUAAAUGGCCAUCGACUAUUAUUGAAUUUUCAUUCCCAGAAACUGUCAAGUCCAUCAUUAGAAAUGAUCACCUAAUCGGAUAUAACAAAAUUUUCAAUUUCUGUGUAAAUUUAUAUCGAGCUAAAGAAACUCUGACUGAAGGCUGGCGAUCGCUAAUCAAGAACAAAAAUAAAAAACCGAUCUAUUGGUUUCUUCAUCAUCGAUUGUUAUUAAUUAUUGGACAUUUAUACUACUUUUAUAAAGUAAAUGUAAUUGAAAGACUUUAUUAUGAAUUUACUUGCGUUGUUGAAUCUUGUCAGGAUAUUGAGAUUCUUAUUGAAACUCAUCAUCAAUUUGUCGUUAAACUGGUCACACAAUCGUUAUUGGAUAUUGAUGCAGUUUCCAUGACUUUGAAUGAUCUUUUCACAUUCAUUGGUAAAGCUUGUAAUCAAAUGGACGAUAAACUGACCUUUAAAAAUGUUGAAGAUCUUGAAAAGGAACUCAGCCAAUUGUGCUCCAAAUUGGAUGGCUUAUUUACAAGCCUUAAAUCCUAUUCCAUUUGUCCAACUUUGUCACAUCUUGUGAUUCAAAUUCAUAAAUGUUUAGGUUAUCAAUCAAGAAAUUUUUGAUUUAACCCAAUGAAAAAUAUUCAUAUUUGAUAUUGUGAUAGUUUUACUUUGUAAUUUCAUUGUAAAUUUCCGAUACACUUAACUUCAAUAAAGUCUCACAUUAAGUUUCGAGCCGAAAAAAAUCAGCUCAAGUUAAUGAUUUAGAAGCAGUAAUAAAUUAUUACUAAUAAUUGUGGUUCCUGCACACGAGGUUAAUUUUUGCUUUCUCAAUUUCUUUUAUAAUGGAUUCUGCUAAUAUUUUAUUUUCUGAGAAUUUUAUUGUAAUUGAUGAUAAUUGUGAUAAUGUUGUCGGUGAAAAUGUCAACAGAAUUCAUUGUGAAGGUGAAAUAACCAAAAGUGAUCUUUUACUCGAUGUUUUGUCUUCGGUGUUCAAAGUAACCAGCGGUCAAACUCUUGAAGUUUUGUUAGUUAAGGAAAUACAAGAUCCUGUUGUCGAUUUCGCCGAAAAUGGUGACCCUAUUCCUCGAGUUGACCCAUUGGACACUUCAUCAAUUCUACCCGAAUACUCAUCAUACGAAUAUAUUGUUCACGGAAAAAUCUAUGCAAUAGAAAAUAAGAUGAUUGGUACUGAGCCGAUAAUCGCAGUUCUUGCUUCGUUUGGUGGUUUAUUGUUUCGUCUUCAAUUACCAUUAAUUUACUCAUCUAGUUGGGUAAUUGACAAUAAUUUAUUUCUCCUAAUUAAACAUCAGCUCUCGUUAAUGCAACCACCGACUAUUCAUCAACCCGAGAAAAAGGUCAAAAAGGAAAUCAAAGUUAAGAUGGAACCCGAUUCAUCAUGAAAUUCACCGAUAAACUAACAUCUACAGUUGAUUGUAUUUCGUUAUUUAUUUGAUCAAAUUAAUUGUAACUUUUAUUCUGACAAUCAAUUAAAGUCUCACGUUUCAACUAAUCA